CAGAGACAGGGACUCACUCAAAAUGACAAAUGAGUCAAUGACAGAGCAUGCCCGUCACUUUCCCUCCGGCUGCUCCAGCUCCACCACAUUAAAACUCACACGGAAAGAGAGAGAAAGAUGAAGUUUUAUGAAUAUAACACUCUCUGACCUUCUUGUCUUAUCACAAACAAAUCUCUCACGUUCCUUUUUACUCAUCCAAACCUAUUUCUCUAUCUCUUCUCCAUCACCAUCUCUUUACUGUAUGGGUUGUCGAGAUAUUCUGCUGACUUUCUCCGUCGCGCUCUUACUUAUCUCUCUGUUCCAGAUCUGGCUUUUCCGGGAAGGACAAGUCCGGGAACUGGCAGAAGACAAUCAGGUUGGAAAAGACGUAAACACCCUCGCCUCCAAGAACAAGAAGGAUAAUGUUCAACGUCUCUUCCAAAGGUACUUCAAGGGUCUAAACAAUAGCAACAGUCGCUUUGAAGAUUCAUACAGACAGAUCCCUAGCUCCCCAGAUCGCCUCCACAACUAGUUAGUUGCUUCUGUUUUUAUAUUCUUUUAUUUUCUUCCAUCCUUUUUAAAAAUUUUAUUGUCAAACUAUAUUUAUUUUCUUACCUCAAUUUGUAUCUUAUGUAUUUCGUAAAUGAGGGCAUUUUGGUUAUUCACAUUUGAAUGACAAUUGUUAGCCGUUGUAUAUAUCAAAAUCGUUUUUUUUUUCA